GUGACAGUGAAAUCGGUAUUUGAACAUGGCGGAAGUAAAGGAGACGCGAAAGGAUUUCUUUCUGCAGUUGGAACGUGCAUUUCCAAUAAUUAAAGGACAGUUCCGAUGCCAAGAUACACACAAUAAUGUUCAACUUCAAGAGGAAUGCACGGAAGAGGAAUUUGAGAGUUUAGUGGAGAUUUUCCAAUUUGCCAGGUCAUCGCAUCACAUCAUAGAGAUCGUGAUCUAUAACAUAGAACAACACAUACGUUGUCAUGUAGCGCCAACAUUCUGGGAGAAGUUUGAAUACACGAAGGAUGGUCAACGGGGCUUUGAACUGUUCAAGUCUGCUGUCGAUGGUCUGUACGCCAGCCUCACGGAGUUUCUACCGACUCUAAAGAAGCUGGAAUACUUGAAACGGAGCAGUGGUGAGGAUUUGCAGCCUCUGCGUUUGAAUGCCAAGAACGAUAUAGACAUAGAGGCGCAGUUUAAGCUCAUUGUGAGAGCAACGUUGUUAAGCCAGCUACCUCUGUGCCACGAGUGUAUCAUAGAACAUUUCUAUAAAAUCGCAUUCAAUGUAUUUUGCAAUUCAGACAACUCGUCGCAAGCAGAAUCAAUCAGCGAGAUUCAGUGUACAGGAUGUGAUCAGGAAAUGGGAAAUUGCAGGUGCCAGAUGAUCGUCUACAUGUUUCAUGAAACGAAUAGAAAAUUAAUCGAGCUGGAGUUGCUGGAAAGACUUGUGGGGAAUGUACUUACGUCGCUAAUCCACAUUCGUAUCGAAAAUUAUGUGAUUCAAACGUGUGACAAAACGUUUGACGUGUCACAACUGAACUUGUUGGAAAAUUGGCUUGAGACUGUUGUCAUGAAUUGGUUGAUGAGAGUUUAUUCCGGCGGUUUCUCGAAAACGGUUGCGCUCAGCAACGAAGUUCGUGAUGCUAUAAACAAGUUUAAACACAAAUUAUCUCAUUUUCUGUAUGAAACGUACACUAAUAUAAGAAUCGAUCAUCUUUUUAACAUAAUAAUAGAAUAUCCCGAGUCGCAGCCCGCGGUAGAUGAUCUCCGAAUUUGUUUAGAAAGAACCGAUAAGCGAAAGGUCCUGGUCAAAAAUCUGCAGGAAGCGAUUAAAACGAGGCUCCUACACGCUGGUGUGAAUACCCCGGACAUAGUGACUGCUUACAUUGCCGCGAUCAAAGCGCUUAAACAUCUCGAUCCGACCGGAGUUCUUCUAGAAGCUGUAACGGAGCCCAUUAAGUGCUACUUGAGGAGUAGAGAAGACACCGUGCGUUCUGUUGUUAAUAGCUUGCUCGACGAUUCACCUAGCGAAUUGGCCGAUGAAUUGGUGAAGGGUGAAUGCUUGCAGCUCGACGAUGGUUCGGCAGACGAAGAGACAGAAGAUUGGGAAAAAUGGAUGCCGGAUCCAGUCGACGCUGACCCUGCUAAGUCAACACAGCGUAAAGUUUCCGAUAUAAUCUCUACACUGGUGAACGUUUACGGCAGUCAGGACUUAUUUGUCAACGAGUAUCGCACGUUGUUGGCGGACAGAUUGCUCUCGCAACUCAACUAUCACACCGAACGCGAAAUACGUCACUUGGAGUUAUUGAAGAGACGAUUCGGGGAGAAUCAGCUGCAUUACUGCGAAGUCAUGCUGAAGGACGUGUACGACUCGAAAAGAAUAGAUGGUAAUAUUCACUCCGACACCAGUUACAAUCUGCAGCAGGAACUCUUUCCCACUUCCGCGCUCAUACUGUCGGCGCAGUUCUGGCCGCCAUUCAAGGAGGACUGGAAAUUGAAGCUGCCGAGCAUCGUGCAGAAUCAAUUGAACAAAUACGUAAAAGCGUUCGAGGCCUUGAAAGGAAAUAGAACACUUUGCUGGAAACCUCACUUGGGAAACGUGAGCCUGGAAAUCGAAUUGAAGGAUAGAAAGCUGGACAUAAAUGUCACGCCGGUGCAUGCGACGAUCAUUUUGCACUUUCAGGAUAAAAAUGAAUGGACUUUACAAGAUCUAGCUGAAGCGAUGCACGCACCGGCAACUGUUCUACGACGCAAGAUGGCAUUUUGGGUGUCGCAAGGACUUUUAAAGGAGACUUCUAGCGACGUGUACAUUUUGCAAGAGGAGAGUAUAUCCAAAAAUCGUUUAUCGGCGGAUAUCGUCGAAGAGGAAGAAGCUGAGAGCGUGAUGGCCUCCGCUAGUGAUCAGCGAGAGGAGGAGCUGCAAGUAUUCUGGUCCUAUAUCGUCGGAAUGUUAACAAAUCUAGAUUCAUUGCCGAUAGAAAGGAUUCAUCAGAUGUUAAAAAUGUUCGCGUCGCAAGGACCGGGCGCCGUAGAAUGUGGUUUACCGGAACUGAGGCAAUUUCUGGACAAAAAGGUCAGGGAACAUCAAUUGUUGCUCUCCGGUAGUUAUUAUCGAUUACCAAAAUCAUAACAAAAAGAAUAGGGAAUUCUUUAUUCCACUUCUUGUACUGUUUAUAACAAUAAAAAAAUAAUUUAUGUGAUAUUUUUUUGUAUAUAAAAGUCUUGUAUAAUAGAAAUGUUAAGUUAAUAAAAAUAUUUCGAUAUA